ACAGUUUUUCCGCGCUGCGGUUUGUUUUGUGCAUAUUUGUAUUUGCAUCUCAUUUAUUUUUAUUAAUCGGAUAUUUAUUUUACCAGAAAGGGAAAAAUAAAUAUGUCUGCCAGCGGUUCAGACGGUGUUUUGGACUGGCUGUUCACAGGCUGUUCUUAGGGAUGAAGAACAAAAAACAAAAGUCUGUCAAAGCUGGAAGCAGCAAAAGAAAAGCCCCCAGUGAUGUGCCCCCAUCUACCAGCCUCCCACCUCUCGUAGAGGGCCAGCUAAGAUGCUUUCUGAGUGUGACAAUAAGCCGAGUGUUAUGGACGAUUCGCAAGCCUCCACCGUUGACAUUCAUCAGGCUACGCUGGUGGGGAGAGUCAUCCAACGGCACACACUUUUUUCCAAGAGAUGGGUCACAUCUUUCACAGAAAACCAUCAAGACCACUGCUCGCUUCCCCGUCCGCUGCGGCCCAAAGCAGUUCACUUCCUAUCUUACAGACAUGGGCUCUUUGGUGCUUGAAGUUCUGACAAAACCAGAUCAUCUACCAAUUGCUCGGGCUCAAAUUGCUGGUAUUUCCCAUUUAUCUUUGUCACAACCAAUCAGUGGAUUUUACACUCUUGUUUCUCCAACAUCUGACAAGCUGGGAGAGUUGCACGUUUCCCUGAAUUUGGAGCCCUUGACAGAAGCUUAUGACAGCAACAGCUCAGGUCCGGCCACAGACGCCAUCACGGAUGGGCUACAAGCCACCAUGCUGACUAUACCUUCACACCGCAGAUCCCCUUCAGCUGGCAGCGGGAAAGAAUCCGCUGGGAGCAGCGGAGGAAACACACCAAGAGGCAAAGAUCACUUGUAUUUCCAAAAUGUCCAAAAAGACAAAGAAGAGACGCUGGAGAAUCAGAUUCCUACCUCAAACAAAUCUCACAUCAGUCCAAGUGUUGAUCACUUGACUGAGAACUCUUCCCAUGUUCAACCAGCCAAUGACAUCAUCUCAGUGAUUUUGGAGCGUGGAAACAAACUUAGGAAUGCAAUGACUGUUUCAGCUUUAAAGUGUGAUGCAGACUCUGCUCCACCUCUGAAAGACAGACCUCUGCCUCUCCCAACUGACAACAUCCAACUUCCUGACAAGUCUUCUCCUUCUCCGUCGGGUUUGUUUCUUCAAGAUAUCCUUCUUUCAGCUGCAGCUCUGAAGCCCUCUGAUGAUGCAGUUUUAGCCACAGGCAGCAGCUUGGACUAUCCUGCUGACAUGGACAAGAGAGUUGUGGAUCUGCUCCUCGGCAGCCCUAUCACAUCUUCACUACCGCUCUGGGAUAUGCAAGGCUCCCCGCCUGACUCUCUCUCUGGCCACAGCAGUGUGUGUGGAGAUAGUGAGCUCAACGAUCCUCUGUAUGACCAGAGCUUACUGGAAAACCUGUUCUACAAAACUCCUAAUGUAGAUCCAGAUGGUGCUGACAAGAACAGUCAAGAAAUAAUGUCUUCAGCUGAAAAUUCAAAUAAGCUGACACAGUCUGGACCCAGAGUCAGAGAAAAUCCAAAAGCAGAUCACCAGCAGUCUGCAGACUGUAGUGACGCCAGUCAUGUUCCACUCAGCGAGGAGCAUCUGUCUCUGCUGAGUUUGAUUAGAUCUGCCAGAGUGACCAUCGACUCCCUGAUGGUACCUGCAGGCAGCUCAAAUAUCACACCCAGAAAAACUUCUAAAGGGAAACCCCCUCGACCAAUACCCAGCAAGAAGUGUACAUAUUUUGUUGAGUACAUUUUCCCGAUGACUUCAGCUCCCAAACAUCCCGAUCGCAGUAAAGCAGGAGAUGUCGAAGUGACCCGAGCUGUUUCCAGUAAAGUCACAGGUGGAGCUGUGAAGUUCCAGCAGCUCUCUGUGUUUCCUGUCCACUUCAGUACAGCAGCGAUCAAACGGUGGUGGGAAACUGAUCUGAUUUUUCAUAUUUACGCACGAAAAAGCGAUCAGAAAAAGCCCGUUGCCAUCGGUAAGGCGGUUCACCCACUAUGCUGUUUGCUGCAGAGCAAAGAGCUCAGUCAGUCUGUUCUAGUUCCUGUGCAGAGCUUGGAGGGGGUCCAUCAAACACAGGAGAUUGGACCUCUCAAGGUUUCUAUAGAACUGGGAACAAACAGCAAACAUUUCUCUUUGGAAAGAAAUAAGAAGUUGACUUGGAGAGAUUCAUUGCCUUCAAAGGUUCCACCGUGUCCGGAGAGAGAAACCGUUUCUAGAUCUGACGUUGGAAGAGAGACACUCCAGGACAGCUCUAGACUAAAUGUCUGGACUCCUCAGAAACUUUCAAAGGAGCCCUCAUCUCAUCCUGCAACCCAAACAUCUCCUUUUAAAUCAUCCCAGUGGUCCGAGGAGGACUCUGAGGUCCUGCUGCACGCCUUACUCAUGGUUCCAGAUGGGAAGAACUUCAGCUGCGGGCUUCUGCAGGCUCCAAGCGUCUACUUGAACUGUAAACUGUUUUGGUGUGAUGAGACGGCAAGAUCUGUUGUCAGCUGGAGUCAGGCAAACCCAACGUUCAACUUUGUUCAGGUGACGCCCGUGACCUUAACAAUGAAACUUCUGGAGCGAAUGAAGAAUAACGUGAUGGUGAUCGAAGUGUGGCAGAAAAUGGGACAGUCCAAGCAGGAUCGACUGUUUGGCCUUGUUAAAUUACCUCUACACCAAUUUUACAUGUCAUUCAGGGAUCCAAAGAUCAGCCAGCUCCUUCUCCAGGCGCAGUACCCUGUUCUAGGGGUGGACUGCUACAUGCCUGUCAUCGAUGUGUUCUCAGGAAGCUGUCGAGGAAACCUCAGGGUUCUCUUGGCUAUAGGUCGAUCAGAGCAGAUCGUUUCCCUCCAGCGCACCAGGGAUGAAGAGUAUCAUGUUUUGUCUCAUUCAGUGAGGCCUGUUCAUAUGCUCGAUCACCGGUCGCACUCACGGAUGAAGGUAAAAACAGUCCAAGUGGAAGUUGUGACAGAGCAUGUGUUUGUAAUAAGGGUGGAGAAGGUCAGUGGGUUGAUGCCUCUGCAGUCCACAGUGUGGGGGGAGGCUGACUGCUACGUCCAGUACAGAUUCCCCUGUCAGGAGGGAGAUGUUGCUUCAGACAUGGACCAAAGCCUCAUAGAGAGCACUUUAAACCUGAAGCCGUUUCGCAGCACCACCACCCUUUGUGUUCCCGACCUGCUGUUUGGUCACACGGAGACUCAUGUUCUUCUGGCCCCUGAAGGAGUUCCUGUCCAGAGGCUGCUGCUGAGCUCUUUGUCAACGCAGGGUCUGAGCAAUGGAGGAGGCAUCCUGUUCGAAGUGUGGUGCAGAUAUUAUUAUCCAAAUGUGAGAGAUCAGCUUGUAGCCAAAGGAUUGCUUCCACUGUCUAAACUGUGUGCCAUGGCCACCAUGCAAAGACAACAUCCUGACGAGGCUCAAGUGUUCUCCCUGCCCCUGAUUCCCAGGACUGAGGGUCCCACAGGGUUUCAGCCUCAGCCCUCUGGCCUUCUAGAUGUGUGCAUUCAAUACAAGCACAGGCCUGUGAGACCUGAAGGAAAGGCUGGCAGAGGAGCUGCUUCACGUGUUGUCACUGUUGUGGUUCAAGUGCACAGAGCGUCCGGUCUCAAGGCAGCAGCAAGAGUGAUAUCCGAAGAAGAUCAAAAGUUCAGCUACUUUGUAGAUGUAGGAGUGAACCCUUAUGUGACGGUUCAGCUUUCCUUCUUACCGGAGAGUGAAAAGAGGUGUACCCGGACUGCACCCAGGACCUUCUGCCCUGAGUUUGAUCACCACAUGGAGGUUUCCUGUGAUCUGCUGCUGCACAUGAGCAGUGGAGAGACCUGCAGCCUGGCUGAGCAGCUGGAACAAGCCUCUGCUGUCUUUACUGUCUGGAACAGAGAAAGUCACAAAGUGAACGUUCCUAGGCCUGAUGACGUCAUGUUAGGCACAGUGAGAGUUCCUCUGGCUGAUCUGAUCCAUAAAAGAACAGGUAUUUCUGGCUGGUUUGGGUUAUACAUAACUCCUGACAGAAGUCCUUCUCAGCAGCAGAACAUUUUGGUCGGGGGCCUUGAGAUUUCCAUCAGCUUCGCUCAUCCCUCAGACAGAGAACGGGUCGUUAAAGCUGCUCAGGGCUUGGGUUGGGAAAUGCCCCACAGUGACCGUGCACAGCAGGAUGAUGAAGAAUGUUUAAGAAAACUCGCCCUCACUUUUUCCAUACCUAAAGCAUGGCUGCCUGUCCACUGUCUGCUUCUGCCCGGCCUUGGAGAGCUCCAGCGCCCCACUUACUGCUACUUCAGGUAUAAGUUCUUCGACCAGGACGCCUUCUGCUCUCGACUGAAACACCCCUGCGUCGAGGAAGAUGGGCAGGGAAACCGAGCCACAGUGAGUUUUGAAGGAAGCAGAACUGUGGAUCUGAGACUCACUCAGCCUUUGAGGUGGUACCUGCGAGAAGAGAAGCUGGAAGUGCAGCUGUGGGUGACGUUCAACAAGAACAGAACUGUAAGGCCGAGUGACUCGGACCGACUGGUGGGCUCAGCGUUUGUCGAUCUGUCCUCUCUUGCAAAGACUUCGAAGCAGAAACGGACUCUCAGCGGAGUUUACCCGCUCUUCAUGCGCUCUGCAGCCGAUCUACAAGGUGCAGCUCUCAGGGUGCACAUCGUCCUGACGGCUGGUUCUGUUCCCACCAAUACCUUGUCUGAAUGUGACUCAGACGAUCAGGAGGAGGUUUUGUUCCACAAAGUGGAGGCAGCAGAUCACGACCCCUCCGCUGAUACACACAGAAAACCAAACACACAAAGCAGACAGAAGGGUAAAUCCUCCAGACCGACUGCAGACCUCACAUCUGUGCGUCACACAGACAUGACCGUGGACGACUCUUUCUCUGUGACUGUGGCCGUGGACCGCGCCAUGCAUCUGAAUCUGAAAGGCUGUCCUCUUGCAAAGCGCAGUGAAGAGGCGCCUUGCUGCUGUGUUUCGUACAUCACAGCUGAUUCUGCUGAACCAGUGUCCACAUCUGUUGUAGCCAACGCUGACUGUCCUGUGUGGGACCACCAACACGAGUGCAGACUUUCAAAGGAGCUGCUGGUUGAUCCACAACAAUCGUUUGUGUUCAAAGUCUGGCACAAAGGAGAAAUAGAGCGAGUUAUUGGAUUUGCCUCCGUGGACCUCUCUCCUCUACUCUGUGGCUUCUCGUCAGUGUGUGGUUGGUACAACAUCACAGACUUCAGCGGUCAGUGUCACGGUCAGAUUAAAGUGUCCAUUACUCCUUUGAAGGGAGUUCAGGACCUGCGUAGCCAGAGAAAAACUGUGACUGAAGAAGCUACAAGGAUCUCAUCUGGCAUUCCUCUCAGCUACCAAACCACAGCCUUAUACAGCAGCUUUCCUUCCCACAUCAGCAAAUUCCCAGAGCAACAAAUCUCUUCGCCCAGCCACACAGACAGGCUGUUCUCUGAAAGGCCCAGUGAGAGCGAUCGUCACUUUGAGCACAUGGACAAAAUUAGAUUUUAUCAUCAAAGUCUUCAAGAACAAACAGCCUCUGUUUGCAGCAGCUCAGCUAGUGACAUCCAUCCUUCCAACACUCUGUUGUUUUCAGGCCUCAGGAAAAAACUAAGUGAGCUAGACAGCAUUCAGAAGUACUUCAACCGUAAACUUUCAACUCCUACGUUCCCCUCAAUGACUGAACGGGACUGGUGCUCCCAAGAUGAGGAGAAGAGAUGCUCAGAAACCGACACAAGUCAGCUGCUUCUCAAGUCCAGCCAGUUGGUUGGAGAAGUCAACAACAUCAUCAGUGGUCUGAGGAGACACCACCUGGAAACGAUUCCCUCCAGUGCACCAAGUGGCUCAACAACUCCUGUUGAACACGACAGCCCUCAGGUCAUUCCUGAGAGCGUCUCCAGCCCACGCAGAGUCAUCGAUGAGUUCCUCGAUGCUUCGCCUCCUCUUCCAUCGCUGCCCACAGAGAUGUCUGAGGACCACACGAACUCUGACUCUGAUGAAGAAAAGGACAGACGAAGCAGCAACGACAACAUUUCAGAGGGUGAACAGAAAGAAGAUGCGAGCUUCAGACAAGACGAGGAAGAGGAAAUAGAGGAGGAGUACGAGGAGGUUGUGCUGAAACCGAGGCCUCUCAACGAAGUGACCUCACUAACAGACAGAACCAGCCCUUGGACCAGUAUCUUGUCAGACCCUGACUUGGUUUCUGUAGAUAGCACUGAGGCACCAAAAGACUCAGAUCUCAGUGAGGAUGAGGAUGAAAAAAGGCAGGAAGUAAAUCUGGAAACUCCCAGGGAAAAUGACCACCAUCACAGCUCUGACGGCUCAGAAGGAAGAGUCUCAGAGACGGAGAGAAAUGAUGAGAAGACGCUUCAAGAAGCUGAGUUACAACCAGAGGAACGAAACAGCCCCAACGAGAGGUCAGGAGACACAAGUUCAUCAACAGCACCAUCGCCUGACCCUGACACCCACGAUGUUUCAGAACCUCAGGGCAACGAAGAUACAGAGCUCCAAACAUCUCUACCGUUGGAAGUCCCUAAUUUCUUCCUCCCUUCUCACCAACUGGAGGCGUCGUUGAGAGUCAUUCGUUUAGCCCCAUCUUUUUCCCAAACUCCCAUCGAAUCAGGCCAGAACUCUUCGGAGCCCAUCGUCGCCCCUCGCAGACGUUCCCGGCAGCGUCCAGACAUGUCGCCUUCAUCCACAAAGAAAGAAACGGAAAGAAUAGCUCAAAUAUUUGCGACUCAUUUCGACAAGUCCAGUUAG